UUUUCUAGCGCUACCGGCAGCCAUGACUAGCAGAGUUACCUGCAGAGUAUUGGCCAUGGAUCUGCGGGGUCACGGUGAUACACAAGUACGAAACUCUGACGACCUGUCAACACAAACUAUGUCCAGGGAUGUGGCUAAUGUAGUGCGAACAAUUUACGGAGAGAUUCCGCCCCCGUUGAUUUUGGUGGGACACAACAUGGGAGGAGCCAUCGCAAUUCACACAGCUACCAGCAACCUGAUUCCUUCUGUGGUCGGCCUGGUGGUCAUUGAUGUGGUAGAAGGUAGUGCUAUGGAUGUGCUCCACAGCAUGCAGAACUUUCUCAGAGGGAGGCCAAAAACAUUUAAAUCCAUUGACCAUGCCAUUGAGUGGAGUAUUAAAAGUGGACAGAUCAGAAACCUGGAGUCAGCAAAAGUAUCUAUGGUUGGUCAAGUAAGAAGGUGUGAAAAUGUGGACAUGGUGCCAUCAGAACAGCCCAAUCCUGUCAAUGAUGUGGUUGCAGAGGGACAUGAGGAAUUUUAUGAUCUCAAUUAUGUCACUGAUAAAGCUGAAAAUGCAAGAUCAGAGGUGAGCUUCUCUGAGCUGGAGCCACAGAGACAGAGUGUGUACAGCUGGAGGAUUGACCUCUCCAAGGCAGAGAAAUAUUGGGAUGGAUGGUUCCGAGGCAUCUCCAAUCUUUUUCUUAGCUGCAAUGUGCCAAAGCUGUUACUGCUGGCAGGUAUAGACCGGCUGGAUAGAGACCUUACUAUAGGCCAAAUGCAAGGGAAGUUCAUGAUGCAAGUUCUUCCCCCUUGUGGACAUGCGGUACACGAGGACACCCCUGACAAAGUCGCAGAAGCCCUGGCGAGCUUCAUGAUUCGACAAAAGUUUGCAGAAGCCAGGAGUGGAAACAAGAGCUCCUCCUAUCCAUAUAUGAGGUGAAACAGCCAGGUACAAGCCUGUCUGAACCUGCCUCCAGGAAGAAUGUCUGAAGGAAAUCUGUUUCUGAAGAGCUAUGUGAAAAAUCUGUCUUUUUCUUCACCGUGAUUUCAACUUUUUGAAAAGGAUAGCAAGCCGUUUCUCAGUGGUCAAGAACUGUGAUUUUGUUGGAUUCUGUUUAUUUCUGCCUGGUUUAGGAAAUGUCAGUUUUAGAUAAUACACAAUUUUACACAGAAAACUGUGACACACUGAAAUUGGUCACACUCAAUAAAUGUAAUUUUCAUGUU